GGGGGCGUUCCCCGCUGGCUGCGGGUAGGCGGGGCCUCGGCCGAGCGCGCUCUCGCCGCUGAAAUCCCGGCGCCGCCGCGCGGCUCCGUCUCUCUGUCGUCUGCUGCCGCCGGGAGACGUCGAAGCAGACUGGCCGAGCGCAUUAAAAACCGAGCGACAGUCAGCUUGCACACAACGACGAGUCGCCUCGCCGUCGCAUCUCGCGCUGCCUUCAUGGCAGCUACUUGCAGCCGUCGAGAUUGCAGUCCACGCGAGCCCGUGAUUCCGUUGGCGGCGCCGCUCGUCAGUGCCCAGUAGGACUCGCCUGGUGGUGGUUAUUGUUGUUGUGCUGGUGCUGGUUCCGCCGGCUCGUCCGCCGCAGGCCGUGACGCGAUGAUGGAGGUGCAGCAGCAGCACUCGCCCGCCGGGGUGGGCCCCCUCGACUUUUCCCGGCGAGGCGUCGCCGAGGCCUCGGCCUUCCGCCUCGUCAAGCCCAAGCAGCCGGUCCAGGUGCACCAGCCCGCCGGACAGCCGCACGGCGCCCCCGAGGCCAACAACAACACCAGCAACGUCAACAACAACGACAACGCGCAGGACACGAGCAGGCUGUCCGUCGACGAAGGCUGCGAGGUGCGGCUGGUGUUCCCGCGACUGUGGGCACCCUUCGGCGGCGCGAACGAGGUCACGAACGUGCCAGCCUUCCCGAAAUCAGAUCCAGAGCGACUGUCCUUCGGCGUGGGUCGACUGGUGGGCUCGCCCGUGUCGAGAUCGCCGCGCAGGUCGCCCUCGCACUCGCCCUGCCCGGACUCGCCGAGGACCGACCAGCAGGACACGGAGGUGGACGUCGACGACGACGAGGAGGUGGACGUGGACGUCGAGGAGGUGGGCGACGAGGACGCCGGCUCGAGCACGCCGAGGUCGACCUCGCCGCCGUCGCCGGCGGGCCUCACCCGCGGCGGCGCGCUCUCGUCCAACCCGGCCAAGCGGUCGGGCGACUCGUUCAGCGUGAGCGCCUUGCUGAGGCCCGACCCGCCCUCGGCCCACUCGCAGAGCAACAACGGCGCCAUGCUCUACCCGCCGUUGCACCUGCCCGGCGGCGGCGUGGUGCUGCCGCCGCACCCGCACCACCCGCUGAGCUACCUGCAGCCGCAGCUGCUGCCGCACCACCUGCUGGGCCAGCACCUGCACCCGCUGCUGCGGGUCGUCCACCCGGCGACGGCGGCGGCGGCCGUGGCGGCGGGCGCCCACCCCGGGCUCCACGCGAGCCACGCCGCCCACGCGGGCCACGCCGCCCACGGGCCCCACGGCCUGCACCACCAGCACCCCCUCGGCGACGUCUACAGCUGCGUCAAGUGCGACAAGAUCUUCAGCACGCCGCACGGCCUCGAGGCUUGCCGACAGGUGCACGCGCGCCGCUCGCACAACGGCAAGCGGCCCUUCGCCUGCGAGCUCUGCAACAAGACCUUCGGCCACGAGAUCAGCCUCACGCAGCACCGGGCCGUCCACUCGGCGGAGAAGGUCUUCGAGUGCAAGCAGUGCGGCAAGGCCUUCAAGCGCUCCAGCACCCUCAGCACCCACCUGCUCAUCCACUCGGACACGCGGCCCUACCCCUGCCAGUUCUGCGGCAAGCGCUUCCACCAGAAGAGCGACAUGAAGAAGCACACCUACAUCCACACAGGUGAAAAGCCGCACAAGUGCCAGGUGUGCGGCAAGGCCUUCUCGCAGAGCAGCAACCUGAUUACGCACUCGCGCAAGCACACGGGCUUCAAGCCGUUCGCCUGCGAGCUGUGCGGCCGGGCGUUUCAGCGCAAGGUCGACCUGCGCCGCCACCGCGAGACCCAGCACGCCGACCUCAGCGCCGGCGCCCACCACCGCUCCGGCAUGAAUCCGCUGCCGGCCGCCGGGUCCGCCGCCCAACCGCCGAUCAUCCACUAGGCGUCGUCCACCGGCACAGGGACGCGUUCGCUCAGCCGCUUCGCCUCGUGCUGCUGUACAGCAUUGUUUGUUCUCCACCUCACCUAAACGAUAUCGUCAAUUUGUCAAAUUAACCGCACACCUCAGCAGCGCACACUGUACAUACACACCGAAACGCACACGCACCCACGGCCACGCGCACCACGCGGGGAUGCGUGAUCUUCGUUGGUCGAGCAGGACGAAGAGAAAGAGAUAGUCAAAUUACGUCGAAUAUUGCUUCCUUUACAGUGCAAUCGAUGCACGGUCGGACUCGCGCCCUCGUCGGAUCGGCAUCUUUCGUUUCCGCGUGAAGCUGCUCAUGAACAACCAAGCACUCUUUCAUUCAUCGUUCAUUGUUAUUUAGUACUUAAGAGACACGCGCGCGAGAUCGAGCGACGCGUUCAGCCGCCAUGCGUACAAUGUACGAUCGAAGUUGCGCCAACUCGAGCCUGCGACCAAAACUCACUUGUAAAUACGUAAUUGUAGUCCGUGAAAUAUAUACAUAUAUAUAUUUAUAAAUAUGCAUACACAUAUAUGUGUAUAUAUUACUUGGAAAUAGAUUAAAGGUAGAAAGAGUCAAAGAGGACGAAGCUGAUGCGGAAGGAAUAGCGAGCAACGAAUCAAGGUUUCAGCAACACUUAAAUAAUAAUUAACGAUACAUUAUAAAUAGAUAGACUAAAGCUAGGAUAUAAUAAGCUCAUCCGCGACAUUCUCCGAGCACGGAGAUUCGUUCAGUUUUCCCUAGACGUGUCGCUAGCCGAGUUCUCAUUGUUGUAACUUGGACUGUAAUGUAAUUAUUGUAAUUAGACCUCGCUAUCGACAUUAUACAUAAACAUAUAUUAUUACUCUCAUUAUUAUUGUCAUUAUUAUUACUAUUAUUCUCUCAUUAUUAUCUUGACGAUUAUUUGAUUAAUAUUAUGAUUAUUAUAAUGAUUAUGA